UGUCCUUUUAUGCCACAUUUGUAGCAUUCACCACUUGGUUUUGGCUUUUCAUGAGUUUUAGCCUGUGGUGGUUUGAAUUUUCCUUUUCCCUUGGAGGAUGAUUCAUUUGAAUGUUUAUAUCCCCUAUUUGGCCCUUUGUUGCGGUUAUUUCCGCGUCCACGUUUAAAGUGUCCGCGUGCACCACCUUGAAUAACAUUUGAUUCUGGUGCUGAACCACGAUCAGGAUGACCAAAAUUUAUGUAUUAUUCUCAGCAAUUGUAUUUUCGAGGCCAUUAGCUUUAAGGUGAGCAAGUGCAUCAACCCUCCAUUCCAAGUACCUUUGACUGGAUAAAUCAAGAAUGUCGAAUUCUCUUUUGGUGAUGUUGGCCAUGGAAUAACUACAACAUUAUAAAUUUAAAAAAAAAAAAAUUAUAACUAAUGUUGUACGUAUGAAAAUUUAAUUGAACCAAGAAAUUUUCCCUUUUUUUUUAAAAAAAAUAAUACAUAAUUUUAAAAAAUGCAAUGUUUGAAAUCCAGAGUAUAUACGGAGUAGAUGAUUCCUUUAUUAAAUCAAUCAAGUAAAAGAGACAAGCAUAUUAAUCAAAAUAAAAGGUGUUGUACACUUGUACGUCUACUAUGUCAGCAAAAAAAAAUGUUUUUUUUUUAAAUCUCUCCUCACCACAAAUUUAAAUUUGAUUCCUUUCUGAGAACUAAUGAAUAGAAGAAUAUAAAACACAACAAGUUAAAAGUUGUCUGCUUCACCACAUACGGAGUACUAUAUUAAUAUUUUCUCCCAUAGUGACAUGCUUUACUUUGUAUAUGAUUCCUUAUACCUUUAUUCAUGCUAUAUCAUACCAUAUUUUCAUCUUCAUUCUUAAACCCAAAUUUGAAAAAAAAAAAUCUUAUAACGAGAGAAAAGGAUAAAAAAAAUAAUAUUAUAAAGUGAGAUUAUCUAUUUCUAUCAAAGAUGUGUACAAGAAGAAUUCAAGAGUAGCAGAGGUUGGAGUAUCGACCGUCGAGUUCCCUGUUUUUGCGUCUAAGGGAGAAAAAUGAAGGGAACGCUGAAAGCCCGGUAUGAACUGGACAAAAUGACGGCCACCUCCACCGUCUCCGUCAGAGCCGGCGACCUAAAUCUCCGAGCUUCUAUGACCGAUGCCACCCUCGUCAAUGGCCCCUCCCUAAACGGUUUAGCUCUUGCAGUCGAAAAACCUGGCUCUUUCAUCGUCGAUUACAACGUCCCCAAAAAGGACCUUAGGUUUCAAUUCAUGAAUACGGUUAGGGUUUUGGAGAAGCAGUUGAAAUUGAACUACGUACACUUCAAGGGAGAUAGCCGGACAGUUCUGGACGGGACUUUAGUUUUGGAUUCGGAAAACAAGGUUUCAGCAAACCACACAAUUGGCUCCCGGAAUUGCAAGCUCAAGUAUACUUUUCUGCACAAUGGACUAACAACAAUUGAACCGAGCUACGAUUUCACCAAGAACGCAUGGGAUUUUUCAAUUUCGAAGAGAGUUAAUGGCGAUGAUGUGCUGAAGGCUAUGUACGAGACGUCCAGCAAGAACGUGACCCUUGAAUGGUCAAGGAAUUCCAAGUCGAAUGGCUGUUUUAAGGUUUUGGCAUCUCUUAAUCUGGCAGACGAUCAUAAAAUGCCAAAGCUGAGUGCCGAGAGCACAUGGGACUUCGAAAUGUGACACAGUUCUUUUUCUGCUUUUUUUUUCAGUUUAAUCUGAUACCAAUCUACAUGCAUUUACCCUAGUGGCUGCCCUUUGGCCGCGGCUUCUUAUGGCACUUUAAGAAGUUUCGUUAUAUUGUUUGUUCAGACAAAUCAUGUACGAUUUAGCAUCAAGUUUUUAGCUUUGAUUCAAAAAAAAUUGUCUAGACCAGGUGUCUCGUGGGCCUCUUAACAUCAAGUUUGCACAGAACCUAGCAAUUUUUAGAACAUUGGUUUUUGGAGUAGCUUUACGAGAACCAUCUUGUGCUGUGAAUGUGGUCUAAUCUGAUACACACAAUAAUUGUUUCCUAGCACAGGUGAUUAAUAAGAUCCCUAUGGUUUACACAAUACAGUACUUGGUAGUAU